CUCGGAUAUAUAUCUGCCAUGGCUGGGACAGAGGAGAUGGCAACAGAUGAUGAAGUCGCUGAGUGAGCAUCGUACUAUACGGUGCGUAUUGACACAGGACGUAUGCCCGUGCACAGAUGUCAUCGCCACCCACAGCAGCAUUGCGCUAUACUAACACCUGGGGCUCGCGUGGGGCGGACCCAUGCCCGUGAUUCGCACAGACGGAAUAGCAUGGGCGCCUGAGACGCCAGCUGCGCGGCAUGCAAUCGCGGCACGGCUCGCGAAGGACCCCACUGCAUGCGCCGCAGCACCACCGAGUGCUCGGCUUGCUCUUGUCCUUGCCAGGUGUCACGCGCUCGAGGCGACACGCCGUGCGCAUGAACUAAAGGGUGAGGCCUGGAGAUCGGGGGGGAUCAGCCCGAGUUUUUCAUGGGUUGCGGAUGCCCGCGACUCAACCUCUGACGCACCUCCGCUCCUUGACGUGCUUAUUCGGCUCCGUAUGCGUGCAGUUGCCCUCUGUCGCCUCUGCCACGGAACGGCAGCACCCGAUACGCUCGAGGCACUCCUUGACCUUGCGCGCGCAUACGCCGCGUCCGGACUUUGGUUACAGGCGGAAGCACACGCAAAGCGAGUGGUCUCGCUGCUCACUGAGACGCCGGCUCGCGUAGAUGAUGGCAAUGAUGUGGUGUCCAUGGCAGAUGAAGCCGCUGCCACCUCGGUUCUUGGACUGUUCUCGCGAUUAGCAUCAAUAGCAGCAGCAGCAGCGCAUCAGAGCCGCGUGCCAUGGCAUGCAUUGGUCACCAUACUGGCCAACGCCGGCGAGCCGCGCCUCGCCGAGCAGCCCUGGGGCGUACUCGAGGGUGCGGACGGCUUCGCACGGCGCCCAGACGUGCCAGGUGGCGACCUAAGCUGGGCUGGCGUGGUUUCAUUUCUCCGCGUAGCGCAUGGUGGUUUUGCAGCGGUGACGCGGCGCCUAGAGGCUGUUGCACCCACGCACGAUACGGCUGCACUAGAUCAUGCUUUCCGUGCAGCGGUGGUCACGCCGGGCGCAGGUGCAGCGUUUGCCGCCCCACUUCGAGAUGCUGUCAUCGCAUCAUCAUCUGCGGCAGCUGCCCUGGCCGGCUCAGGCUUGGCCGUGUGGCUCUGCGCGCGAGUGGAUGCUGAUGCCGCGCGAGGAGCUGCAGCUGCACCUGUCACCUGGGAGGAAUGCGUUGCUGCUCUUGUCGCCUGCCCUUUUCCCGUCUCUGUAGGUGGUACUACCUCUCUGUCACCUCGUGCAGCCGUACAGCGCGUGGCCAACCUCCGCGCACGCGCACACGUGUUGUGCGGUCGAGCACACGCGCGCCGCGGAGAGCUCGCUGCGGCUGCACAUGUGCUCCGCUCCGCACUUCAUGCGAGCAAAAAUGCGGACCGGCCCUCGGGAGCGGUCGCUGCUGAUGCACACGCGGCGCUCGCCGAUGUUGCAGCGUGGAUCCGCGUCUUUCACAUCCACACGUAUUUCGGCAAGUCUCCUGCGCAGGUCGCUGCGUGCGCAGUCUCACGUCGCCGCGGAGAUGUGGCUUUGCAGUGGAUUGACUCAGAGGCAGAAGAAUUCGCGGCUACUUGCGAGUCUAGACGCCACCACGCCAAUGGCACUACUGCGGACGCAAAGGCUGAUGCAGAGUGGACGCCCGACGUACGCGCAAAGGCUUCGGUCACCGUGCGCCCGACGUGCUCCGGCAGCCCUGGUGCAGCUCGUGAUCCGGCCGCCACUGCCGCUGCUUCACAUCUAGAGCGUGCCGAGGCUGCCUCCGAGGUAGUCUACGGCCGUG